UCAACAACCCCUUCCCCCUUUUCUUUCUGCUGAUCCAGCGAGCCAGGCUUUCUCCUUCUCUGGUCUCUCCUCCUCCUCUCCCCCUUGAAUCCAGUCCUGGUUUCCCCGCCACCAGCCUCCCUUUUCUCUCAGGCUGGGCUCGCUCCCUGCCCCCGCCCCGCCGCGCCCGUCGUCACCGCGGUGGGUUCAGCUUCUCGCCUUCCCCACUCCCAGCCACUCGGGGCUUGGCUCGCCCAGUCCGGUGGCUCCAGUCCGGAUCUCGCUGCUGCCCGACCCGGGUACGAGUCCCGGCCGCUCCGGAGGAGGCGGCGGCUGGCCCCGGCUCCCCUCGGCCGCCUAGCUAGCCCGGGGUUGGCGGGGAGGGAGCAGCUGGGCAGUCCCCGGGAGCCCCUUGGAGGACAAUGCACCCAGCGCUCGGCAACCCCCGCUCGGUCUCGUCCUCGUCCGGCUCCUUCCCGCCGCCCCCCGCCGCCGCCCGGCUGCAGCCCCUUUUCCUCCGGGGGGGUUCCUCCCGCGGCCGGAGGGGCUCGGGCGACAGCAGCACCAGCACCAGCACCAGCCGGGGGGGAGGCGGCGGCAGACGCGGCGGGGGCGGCGGCGGCUCCCCCGGCAGCAGCACCGGCGCCGAGCGAGAGGACGACGGUGCCAAGGCGCGAGGCGGCCGCGGAGGCGCCGGUGGCCCGGGGGGCGGCCCGGGGGCUGCCGGGGCAGCAGGAGAGUUCGCCUUCGCCUACCUGGCCUGGCUCAUCUACUCCAUCGCCUUCACGCCCAAGGUGGUGCUCAUCCUGGGCACGUCCAUCCUGGACCUCAUCGAGCUGCGCGCGCCCUUCGGUACCACGGGCUUCCGCCUCACCAUGGCGCUGUCCGUGCCCCUGCUCUACAGCCUGGUGCGGGCCAUCAGCGAGGCGGGCGCCCCCCCUGGCUCGGCGGGACCCCUGCUCCUGCAGCCCCAGCAGCACCGAGCCGCCGGCUGCUUCCUGGGCACGUGUCUGGACCUGCUCGACAGCUUCACCUUGGUGGAGCUGAUGCUGGAAGGCCGCGUGCCGCUACCCGCGCACCUGCGCUACCUGCUCAUCGCCGUCUACUUCCUCACCCUCGCCUCGCCGGUGCUCUGGCUUUACGAGCUCAACGCCGCAGCGGCGGCCUCGUCCUGGGGCCACGCUUCCGGGCCGGGCAGCUGCAGCCGCCUUCUGCGACUGCUGGGCGGCUGCCUGGUGGACGUGCCCUUGUUGGCGCUGCGCUCCCUCCUGGUGGUGAGCUACCAGCAGCCCCUCUCCAUCUUCAUGCUCAAGAACCUCUUCUUCCUCGGCUGCCGGGGCCUGGAAGCCCUAGAAGGCUGUUGGGACCGGGGGAGUCGGGCCUCUCCGAGUCGGGGGAGAGGCGGCUACGGCGCUCCGCCCUCUGCCCCUCCGCCGCCUCCGCCACCACCACCACCUCAGGGAGUCUCCCAGCUGGGCCACUGUAUCUCGGAGAACGAGGGGGGAGCCCAUGGUUAUGUCAAUACCCUGGCUGUGGCUUCCCAGAAUUGAGGAGGGACAAGAGAGAGGGGCUUGUGCUUCGGGAUUGGGAGACCCCAGCCCCUUACCCUCUGACCUUCUCUCACCCAGAUUUGAUCAGGCACUAUUUGGAAGAGGUAACUGUCAAUAGGGCAAAGGGCCAGUGUGUCCUUCUGCACCCUGUGGGUCAAGGCUGCUUGGAGGGAGACCAGCCACUAAUGGCGUAGGAGGAAGUUCUGCCUACUCUCUUCUCCCUUCUCCAUGUCCUACUCUAAUCUAGCCUCCAGGGGGCUGGAUACCUCUGCUUCUUGCUUUUCCCACCGCCAUCCUAAUUCCUGUCCAUUGUGGGGGAGCAUGGAAAAAAGGGGAUGCGCAGGAAGCGGGUGCUGGGCCUUGAGCCUUCCCCUCUUGCCUGGAAGUGCCAGGUUCUUACAGGCUGUGGUUAGUGGUCACUGUCCCAUGCCUUGAAACUGACCCCAAAUCCAUUGUUCCUCUGAUGUGUCUAUUGGGUCCCCCCUCAGAUGGUAGAUGUGUUUGUCUCUGUGUGUAUAGUGUUGCUUUCUUGUGUCCACAUUGUGGUCCUUUGCAAUCAGUGGAUCUGGGGAGGCCCUGCCCUCCCCACCACACAUAUGACCACCCUCCUCCUUCCUACCUGAAUUUGUGGCCAUGAAUUCCAGAAAGAGCUGGGCUCCUGGGAGCUGCCCAGUUGCUCCCCUCUGAGGGAGAAGCUCACCCAGGAACUUCCUCAAUUCUACUCCUCUCAUUUCAGCUUGGGGAGGAGAGGGUCCCUACUCUAAGGACCAAACUGCACCCUUUCUUGGGUGAGUGAGCAUUUCUACCUCUGUGCUUUCAGCUUUUGUAGCAUCAUGCGCUGAUGCUGCUUGCAAAAAAUACAGGCAAAAUACUCAGAAGUUGCAUUCAACAUGGCCACUGGAUCCAGCUGGGGUUUGGUGCCAGUCUUAUUACAGGGUCUGUGGAGUAUCAGCCAUUGGCUUGCCUUCCCUCUCUUCCUUCCUCUGUACCCAGAACUCUUAUCCUUCCUGAGGUUUGUUACUGACUGGGUCAGAUCUUGGCUCAGAACAAAAGCUUUGGUGGGGUUCUUGAAUAUAUGUGAAAUUGGGGCUCCUAUUAGCUCAAGGAAAUCCAAUUCCCCAUCUGUCCUUCCUCUAGGAAGGCUGGUGUGGAUCAGCAGAGGUGGUGACCUUCGUCCUCUGCUCUGGUUAAGAGAAUUUCUGCAGAGAAGGCAGGUGUAUGGAGAAGCUAAGCAAAUCUUACCUAUACCCCGCCUUCCUGCCUGGUAUUCUCGCUGAGGUUGAUGACGAGGGGCACCCAGGGGUUGUCCACUUAUAGUCUCAAUGUGGGACCUCACUCUUGAGGCAGGAUAAGUGUUUUUAGGGGAGAUAAGAGUGCAGGAGGGCAGCUGGCAGCAAGGCCAGGAAAUACUCACUUUCUUCCACCCCCAAAUACGACGGGGUGGGGCUGUAAGAAUUUUUGUUUUCCCCUUUCUGACUUCUUAUGCUUGAGAAGUCUUGUGUGGUAUAAUGAACCCUGGACAGAGGACUAGAAGUCAUGGAUUAUAGUUUUGACUCUGUCACUCACUAGCUUUGAGUGACACAUCACUUUUGCUUUCUGGGCCUCAGUUUUUCACUUGGGGCCCUUCUCUCCCAACUUGUUGGGAGUUUGUUAACAGGACGUCUGUCUAUGUAGACUGAGCCACAGAGAGGUUGAUGGCUUGACCAGAGUUCUGAGCCUUCCCUACUGUCAGUGGGGAUGAUAGAGCAAAAAUGUUUACACUCAAUGUAUUAUUUGUGUGCUCAGCCCCUCACCCUACCAGGUCCAAUAUUAGUGGGUUGGAUUUUACCUUUUUUUCUGCCUUCUCUCCCCACUCCCCAUCCCCACCCCAAUCCUUUCCCUUUAAAUUCCCUGUGCUUAAAGUUCUGGGCCCAGACCCUGGGUGGGCCCCCACGACUGCUCUCCCUCUGCCUAAUCUCAGUGACUGUGAAAGGGCUCUGUGUCUGAGCCAUGGCCAGCCCCUGGCUGGCCCAUGCCCUACCCCUCUCUCCUGUUUGGAUGGUGGUCUCCCGAUCAAUGACUGUAAAAUCUGAGUGCUGUUGAGUUUUCUGGUGGGAGGCUGUGAUAGGUUCCAACAAGCUACCACUUCCCGAGAUACGAUGAGGGAUUGAUGGCGCCCGGGCCAGUUCUGGCCGAGGCCGGGCCGCACAGGCUGUCUGCUGGCCCCCGCUCAGCCCUGGACAUUCUCUUUCAAACAUCUGGUGCAAGCACUUUGUGCUCAGGGGUCAAUCCCUUCCUUUUGGUGUUUCUUUCUUGAGUCCUUUUACUUUCUUUCCUUGCUCCACUCACAACAAGAAAUGACCCCUAAAGUUUCAUUUUUCUUGCUUUCUAGGGGCAUCUUUAGUGGGGGGGUCAAACUGGAGGUGUUCCCCAUUGGUCUAAUAAAGACAAGGUGCACUGUCUCCUGAGGCUUGUGCUGGCAGCACAGUUCACAGGAAAGUGCCCUGGGUUCACAAUUCAGACUGCCUGCCUCUAACAUUUGUGAAAGUAAGGUGCACCCGUGAUCUGAGCAUCGGACUCUGUAUCUGUUUUAAAAGGGGGUUGGACCAGACCCUCUCUAAAGGCUGUUCUGAUAUAAUGUGCCCUGGUUCUGAUUCUAUGUGUCUUUGCGGAAGAGAGCUGGCUGGCGGUUAGAGCUGGAAGAAGGGAAGUGGCACCUCACUAGCAUUUAUCACGUUUUUUUCUCUCUUUCUCUUUUUAAAAAUAAAACCAGCCUCUAUUCUGAAAAUAAAAAAAUUAAA